UGACAUAGAAAUCGAUGGUAUCUUUAAGGGACAUUGCGAAAGUGUUGGAUGGGUUAUCUCUGGUGGCUAAGGAGGGCAUCAGCCGCUCCAACACCGUUCCAUUGGAAACCGCAAUCAAGGCCGCCGUCCUCUCCGUCGUCGACGUUGCCGGACUCACCAAAGGAAAGCUCCGUCAGAUUGAUAAUGUUCACAGAGAUACUGGCAACGACACUGUCAUCUUCUUUACGGAUCAUGUUCUCGCUCCCAAUUCUCAUCCCCCACCGACGCCUGGUGCAGAUGCAAUUGUGCUUCUAAAUAUUUGUUCUUCCAUGGAUCCAGAUUCCCAAACUUCCAUGGAUGUAUAUCCCCCGCCUGAUGCUCUCUCGACCUUUACGAUUUAUAUAUUAGCAGCUUUAGACAUUGUCCAAGGUGCAAAUCGGAUGCCAAGGAAUCAGCUCAAUCAGGUUUUGGAUGCUGAAUUGGAUUUCAACUGGUCAUCAAAUUUGACGAGUUUUGACUAUGAGCCAAUGACCUUAAGUUACCUUGUGACAUGCACUUAUGGAAGUAUACCAAGUGAAACAGUACAGAUGGAACUUGUAUUUGUGCUAAUACUCAUUGUUAGAAUGGAAAAAGUGAAAACAAACUAG